UCUUUAUUUAUUUUUGGUGUUAAAUGUUAAUUGUAAUAAAAAGGAUUGGGACGAAUCCCAAAAACAAAAAUAAAAAUGAGAAUGUGAAAUUGGGUCCGUUCCCGCAUUAUUGAUCAGGAUUCAAGCACUCUCUUCUCCGUUCUUCGAUCCGACAGUGGUAGUGCUGAGUUUGACUGUCCUAGAACUUGAAGGGUUUUGGACUUCUGUUGAUGGGUGCUCCUAAACAGAAGUGGACAGCAGAAGAAGAAGCAGCCCUUAAAGCUGGAGUAAUUAAACACGGGGCAGGAAAAUGGCGCACGAUACUCACAGAUCCAGAGUUCAGUUCCAUACUCCAUUUGCGUUCAAAUGUUGAUCUCAAGGAUAAAUGGAGAAACAUCAAUGUAACUGCAAUAUGGGGGUCCAGGCAGAAGGCUAAGCUUGCUCUUAAAAAGAACCUACCAACACCUAAACAUGAUAACAACUCUUUGGCUGUGGCUUCUGUACUUCAAAAUGGCGAAGAAAUUGUUGAUGCUAAGCCUCUUGCGAUUUCUGGUGGAACAUUGCGAAAUACCAAUUCAAAAGAACCAAAUGCAAGGUUGGAUAAGCUUAUAUUAGAUGCUAUCACCAAUUUGAAGGAGCUGAGGGGUUCUGACAGGGCUGCAAUUGCUAUGUACAUAGAGGAGAAAUAUUGGGCGCCCCCAAACCUCAAAAAGCUGCUAUCAACGAAAUUAAAGCAUAUGGCAGCUAAUGGGAAACUGAUUAAGGUUAAGCAUAGAUACAGGAUUGGACCAAGCUCAACAGGUGCUGAAAAGAGAAGAAGCUCAUCCGUGUUACCUCUCGAGGAAAGGUCAAAGGAUCACUUGGUGGCAGAGAAGAGUGAUGUCAUUAUUCUUACUAAAUCCCAGGUUGAUGCAGAUCUUUCAAAGAUGAGGAGCAUGACUGCACAAGAGGCAGCUGCAGCCGCUGCACGGGCAGUUGCUGAGGCAGAAGCUGCCAUUGCAGCAGCUGAAGCGGCAGCAAGAGAGGCAGAGGCAGCUGAAGCUGAAGCAGAGGCAGCACAAGUUUUUGCCAAAGCAGCAAUGAAGGCAUUGAAAAGUAGAACUCUUCGUUGUUGAUGUGACAUUAAAUUCACACGUCAGUGACAAGAACAAAAGCAAGAACCAUACUGGGCAUGUGAAAAUUAUCCCAACGUGGUACGUCUUCAUGCAUCUGCUGGUGUAUAUAGAUUAGGCUUGUAAAUCUGGAGAAUGUGACUUUUAUAUGAACUUAUGUUACUUAACGGGGGUUCCAUAUACAUGGAGUUUUGUUUUCAAAUUUCGAAAACAGAUGGAAAACUGUGUAAGAAAGAAAGAGUUGUGGAUACCCCAUGGGAAUCUCUUUCUUAUGUUAGUCAUUUUGAUUUGAUCCGGGGGGGAAGAUCGACUGAAUAGAAAAAUUACAGUGUAUGGUAGUAGGACUAUAAGAGCAUUAUUGCCUUUUGUUCUUACAUUAUUAGUCAUUGUGGACAUUCUCUCU